GUUCCUCGAGUGGGCUAAACCGUUUACGCAGCUGGUGAAGGAAAUGCAACUUCAUCGAGAGGACUUUGAAAUAAUCAAAGUAAUCGGAAGAGGUGCUUUUGGAGAGGUAGCUGUUGUCAAAAUGAAGAGCACUGAGAGGAUCUAUGCAAUGAAAAUCCUCAAUAAGUGGGAGAUGCUUAAGAGAGCAGAGACUGCAUGUUUCAGAGAAGAGCGCGACGUGUUGGUGAACGGCGACUGCCAGUGGAUCACGGCGCUACACUACGCGUUCCAGGAUGAGAACCACCUGUACUUGGUCAUGGAUUACUACGUGGGUGGUGAUUUGCUGACCCUGCUCAGUAAAUUUGAAGACAAGCUUCCGGAAGACAUGGCGAGGUUCUACAUCGGUGAGAUGGUGUUGGCCAUUGACUCCAUCCACCAGCUCCAUUAUGUGCACAGAGACAUCAAACCUGACAAUGUCCUUUUGGAUGUGAAUGGCCAUAUCCGCCUGGCUGACUUCGGGUCGUGUUUGAAGAUGAAUGAUGAUGGAACUGUCCAGUCCUCAGUGGCCGUGGGCACACCUGACUACAUCUCGCCUGAGAUCCUGCAGGCCAUGGAGGACGGCAUGGGCAAGUACGGACCUGAGUGCGACUGGUGGUCCCUGGGCGUCUGCAUGUACGAGAUGCUCUAUGGGGAGACGCCCUUUUACGCAGAGUCGCUCGUGGAGACCUACGGGAAGAUCAUGAACCACGAAGAGCGAUUUCAGUUUCCUUCCCAUGUCACGGAUGUUUCUGAAGAAGCCAAAGACCUCAUCCAGAGGUUGAUCUGCAGUAGAGAGCGCCGACUAGGGCAGAAUGGAAUAGAGGACUUCAAAAAACAUGCAUUUUUUGAAGGUCUAAAUUGGGAAAACAUACGAAACCUCGAAGCACCUUACAUUCCAGACGUGAGCAGUCCCUCUGACACCUCCAACUUCGACGUGGAUGAUGAUGUGCUGAGAAACACUGAAAUAUUACCUCCUGGCUCUCACACGGGCUUCUCUGGAUUGCAUUUGCCAUUCAUUGGUUUCACGUUUACAACAGAAAGCUGUUUUUCGGACCGAGGCUCUCUGAAGAACAUGAUGCAGUCUAACACAUUGACCAAAGAUGAAGAUGUGCAGCGGGACUUGGAGAACAGCUUGCAGAUUGAGGCUUAUGAGAGGAGAAUCCGCAGGCUGGAGCAAGAGAAGCUAGAGCUGAGCCGCAAGCUGCAGGAGUCCACUCAGACGGUGCAGUCCCUGCACGGCUCCACGAGGGCCCUGGGCAACUCAAACCGAGACAAGGAGAUCAAGAGGCUGAAUGAGGAAAUUGAGCGUUUGAAGAACAAGGUAGCAGAUUCGAAUAGGCUUGAGCGGCAGCUGGAAGGCACCGUGACGUUACGCCAGGAGCAUGAGGACUCCGUGCACCGGUUGAAGGGCCUGGAGAAGCAGUACCGCCUGGCGAGGCAGGAGAAGGAGGACUUCCACAAGCAAUUGGUUGAAGUUUCAGAACGAUUGAAAUCCCAGACCAAAGAACUCAAAGAUGCCCAUCAGCAACGAAAGCGUGCCCUGCAGGAGUUUUCAGAGCUCAAUGAGCGCAUGGCGGAGCUCCGCUCCCAGAAGCAGAAGGUGUCGAGGCACCUCCGGGACAAGGAGGAGGAGAUGGAGGUGGCCAUGCAGAAGAUCGACUCCAUGCGGCAGGACACCCGCAGAUUGGAGAAGCUCAGGAAGGAGCUGGAAUCUCAGCUCGAGGAUGCUGUUGCUGAGGCCUCGAAGGAGCGCAAGCUUCGCGAGCACAGUGAGAGCUUCUGCAAGCAGAUGGAGAGUGAGCUCGAGGCCCUCAAGAUUAAGCAAGGAGGCUGGGGCCCAGGGGCUGCUUUGGAGCACCAGCAGGAGAUCUCCAAGAUCAAAUCAGAGCUUGAGAAAAAAGUCCUGUUCUACGAGGAGGAGUUGGUCCGACGCGAGGCCUCCCACGUGCUGGAAGUGAAAAACGUGAAGAAGGAGGUGCAUGACUCAGAAAGCCACCAGUUAGCCCUGCAGAAGGAAAUCUUAAUGCUGAAAGAUAAACUAGAGAAGUCAAAGCGAGAGCGGCACAGCGAGUUGGAGGAGGCCAUCGGCACAAUAAAAGACAAGUACGAACGCGAGAGAGCCCUGCUGUUUGACGAAAGCAAGAAACUGACUGCUGAAAAUGAAAAGCUCUGUUCCUUUGUGGAUAAACUCACAGCCCAGAACAGACAGCUGGAGGAUGAGCUGCAGGAUCUGGCAGCCAAGAAGGAGUCGGUGGCACACUGGGAAGCUCAGAUCGCGGAGAUCAUCCAGUGGGUCAGCGACGAGAAAGACGCCCGCGGUUACCUCCAAGCCCUUGCUUCCAAGAUGACCGAAGAGCUUGAGGCUUUGAGAAAUUCUAGUCUGGGAUCGAGAACACUGGACCCACUGUGGAAGGUGCGCCGGAGCCAGAAGCUGGACAUGUCUGCGCGACUUGAGCUGCAGUCUGCGCUGGAGGCCGAGAUCCGAGCCAAGCAGCUGGUGCAGGAGGAGCUGAGGAAGGUCAAAGACACCAGCCUAGCCUUUGAAAGUAAACUGAAGGAUUCUGAAGCCAAAAACAGAGAAUUAUUACAAGAAAUGGAAAUUCUGAAGAAAAAGAUGGAAGAAAAGUUUAGAGCAGAGACUGGGCUCAAACUUCCAGAUUUUCAGGACUCCAUCUUUGAGUACUUCAACACCACACCUCUUGCACAUGAUCUGACGUUUAGAACUAGCUCUGCUAGUGACCAAGAAACACAAGCCCCAAAGACAGAAGUGUCUCCAUCAGUGUCUGUGGCCAGCAGCACGGAACAGCAAGAGGACAUGGCUCGGCCCCCACACAGGCCGCCCACUGUGCCGCCGCCCACCACGCAGGCCCUGACUCUGGCUGGACCCAAGCCAAAAGCUCACCAGUUCAGCAUCAAGUCCUUCUCCAGCCCGACCCAGUGCAGCCACUGCACCUCCCUGAUGGUUGGGCUGAUCCGGCAGGGCUACGCCUGUGAGGUAUGCUCGUUUGUCUGCCACGUGUCCUGCAAAGACAGUGCCCCCCAGGUGUGCCCCAUCCCCCCUGAGCAGUCCAAGAGGCCCCUUGGUGUGGACGUGCAGAGAGGCAUAGGAACAGCCUACAAAGGCUAUGUCAAGGUCCCCAAGCCCACUGGGGUGAAGAAAGGGUGGCAGAGGGCCUACGCUGUGGUCUGUGACUGCAAACUCUUUCUGUAUGACCUGCCUGAGGGGAAAUCCACCCAGCCCGGUGUGGUCGCCAGCCAAGUCCUGGACCUCAGGGACGAAGAUUUCUCAGUGAGCUCAGUGCUGGCCUCUGAUGUCAUCCACGCCACACGCCGAGACAUCCCCUGUAUAUUCCGGGUGACAGCCUCUCUCUUAGGUUCACCUUCUAAGACCAGCUCCCUGCUCAUUCUGACAGAAAAUGAGAAUGAAAAGCGGAAGUGGGUUGGGAUCCUAGAAGGACUCCAGUCCAUCCUGCACAAGAACCGGCUGCGGAACCAGGUUGUGCACGUGCCACAGGAGGCCUAUGACAGCACGCUGCCACUCAUCAAGGCUGUGCUCACAGCUGCUAUCGUGGAUGGAGACAGGAUUGCUGUUGGCCUGGAGGAAGGGCUCUAUGUCAUCGAGGUCACCCGAGACGUGAUCGUCCGCGCUGCUGACUGUAAGAAGGUGUACCAAAUCGAGCUAGCACCCAGGGAAAAGAUCGUCAUCCUCCUGUGUGGCCGGAACCACCACGUGCACCUCUAUCCAUGGUCCACCUUGGAUGGAGCAGAAGGCAGCUUUGAUAUAAAGCUUCCAGAAACCAAGGGCUGCCAGCUUCUGGCGACCGCAACACUGAGGAAGAGCUCUUCCACCUGCCUGUUUGUUGCCAUGAAACGGCUAAUCCUCUGCUAUGAGAUCCAGAGAACUAAGCCUUUCCACAGGAAGUUCAAUGAGCUGGUGGCCCCAGGACACGUGCAGUGGAUGGCCGUGUUCAAGGACAGACUCUGUGUUGGCUACCCCUCUGGGUUCUCUCUGUUGAGCAUCCAGGGGGACGGGCAGCCCCUCGACCUGGUAAAUCCCGCUGACCCCUCGCUUGCGUUCCUCUCACAGCAGUCUUUCGAUGCCCUCUGUGCUGUGGAGCUCAAAAGUGAGGAGUACCUGCUUUGCUUCAGCCAUAUGGGACUGUACGUGGACCCUCAAGGCCGGAGGUCACGCAUGCAGGAGCUCAUGUGGCCUGCGGCUCCUGUUGCCUGUAGUUGCAGCCCCUCCCACGUGACAGUAUACAGCGACUAUGGCGUGGACGUGUUCGACGUGCGCACCAUGGAGUGGGUACAGACCAUCGGGCUGCGGCGGGUAAGGCCGGGGCUCCUGCGGGGCGGGCAGGCUGAGCCUGCGUCCUGCACUCCCCAUCUUAGAAAGCACUAACGAGGCAUAACAAAUAUUCAUCUGCUAGGGGAGGUGUAGGAUGGCAGUAAGAAGCAGAUGCUGCGCACGCGCAGCAAGCGGCGCUUCGUCUUCAAGGUGCCAGAGGAGGAGCGGCUGCAGCAGCGGCGAGAGAUGCUCCGAGACCCUGAGCUGAGAUCCAAGAUGAUCUCCAACCCUACCAACUUCAAUCACGUGGCCCACAUGGGCCCGGGCGACGGGAUGCAGGUGCUCAUGGACCUGCCGCUGGUGCGUGCUCCCUCCUGGGGCGGCGGCCCUCGGGUGGGAAUGGGCAGCGCUGCUGCCGUGCUUCUCACAGGCGGGGCAGAGCCUGGAGUGACCGUGCCUCUGAGGAGCAUGUCCGACCCCGACCAGGACUUCGACAAGGAGCCUGAUUCGGAUUCCACCAAACACUCAACUCCCUCAAACAGCUCCAACCCCAGCGGCCCGCCAAGCCCCAACUCGCCCCACAGGAGCCAGCUGCCCCUCGACGGUCUGGAGCAGCCCGCCUGUGACGCCUGAGGCCCCUCCCCGUGCAUUGCCAAGACUGGGCUGACAGUGCUGUCUUCGGAGCUGGAGGGUCGUCUGUAGAUACGAAUCAAGUCUGUGUCAGUCAGGACCCAGCUGGGUGCCGCAUCCCAUGGGUGGCGUAGACCAGACCACUUGUCUGCACAGCUGAGGCCACACAAAGGAC